AAAUCCUUUACUUUCUUCUCCCUUUUCAUUUGUGAUCUAUCUUCACCAUCUUUCUCGGCAGAUAGCAAUGGCUAUUCGUUUGCCUGGUAUUAUAAAUGCUAAGAACAUUCUCCGCCGGUCAAACUCAUUUGCAAAGAAAGCAGCGUCAUCAUUUAUAGAUGUUCCAAAAGGCCAUCUUGCAAUAUAUGUUGGAGAGAGCAAAAAGAAGCGAUUCGUAGUUCCAGUAUCACUUCUGAACCACCCUUCAUUUCAAGAAUUGCUAGGCAUGGCUGAGGAAGAAUUUGGAUUCGAUCAUCCAAUGGGUGGCCUCACAAUUCCCUGCAGUGAAGACUUAUUCAUUGGUCUCACUUCUUGCUUACAUCAAUUGUUGUAAUACAUAAACAAGCAAGUCCAAUUUUGUAAAUUCUCUAUUUGUUUUUGACAGAAAAAUAGAUCCGCUAUAAAUUUUACCAAUUGAAUUAUUGCAGU